AUGCGGCACAAGGAGCCGAACCCUCUCUCGCUCGAUGACGGUUUAUCUGCUUCAAGCAUGCUGCUGGCUCGCGGCCAUAGCUGCCGUGGCGCCUUUUCGAGUGCGUCCGACAUCCUCGCCGCCGAACAGCCGACACUGCUCGACCCGGUGCUGGCUCCGUGUCCCGCGAGUCCAUCUGGGCUGACGCUGUUCCGCGAGCGGCAUGGAUGGUGUCCGUAUUCGGAGAAGGUGUGGCUCGCGCUGGAGCUGAAGGGCCUCGCCUACAAGACCGUUCUCAUCGACAACAUGGGCGGCGGGCGGCCGGACUGGUACCGCGGGCAGACGCCGCAGAUCCAGUGGGCCGACGGUCGGACGCAGGGCGAGUCGAUGGACAUCGUCAAGGCGCUCGACGCCGAAUACCCGGCCAGCCGCCCGCUGUACCCGCCAGAAGGCGCCUCGAUGUCGAGCGUCGCACAGAUGAUCAGCGCCUUCCGCCAAUCCUUCCCGUCCAACGCGCGGCCCUCCUCCCGUGCCGCUUACCUCUUCAGCUAUAGCGGCCCACUCUCGCGAUCGGACUUUGAGAAGGCGCUCGAUGCGACCGAGAAGCUCUUGGCGCAGCACGACGAGGGGCCCUUCUUCGUCGGCCGCGAGCUCUCGGCGGCCGACGUCUCGUGGGCGCCGUUCCUCGAGCGUUACGCGGCGCAGCUGCCGUGCUUGCACGAUGGGCUGCUGCCCCGCGACGCCAGCCGAUGGCCGCGGCUCGCGGAGUGGUACGCUGCGAUGGAUGAGGUCCCCGAGUACGCCUGCCGCGUGAAGGGCGACGGCGAGUCGUGGGGCCGUGUGCUGACGAUGCAGGGCUACGGCAACGCCGGCAACGCGCCGCAAACCACCGGCUACCGCCAGAGCACCGGCGCGGGCGCCGUCGAUUUGUGGGAGGCGUACGCGGGCCACCGGCCGCACGUGGCGCCGUCGCCGGCCGAGGAGGCCGCGGCGCGCAUCGUGAGCAACCGGGCGGCCAUCGCGGCGGACGCGCUCGCGCGAAAGAUGGGCGCAGGGGGGCACGGCGCGUCCAAGGCUCCGUACACGGCAGACCAGGUGGACGAGGGCCUCCGGACAGUGGUCGGGUGCCUCCUCGGCGACGAGGAGGGCAAGGCCGGAGGCGGCGGCCUCGCCGCCUCGCUCGCCUCGCACCUCGUCGGCCGCAUGUGCGUGCCUCGCGACAUGGGCACGCCGGCGGGCUUCGAGCUGCGGCGCCUCGCGCGCGAGCUGGGGGCGGAGGAGGAGCAAGGCGACGCGGCCAGCUCGGGCCUGCGGAAGUCCCCAAAGUGCGACUAG